UCCGGGGAUCCCGGCGCGGCCACAGCCUCCCGCGCAUACACGGCCAUGGCGGAGGCCUCCUCGCUGGAGAGGCAGAGUCCUCGAGUGGCCUCCUGCCUCACUCACAGCCUGUGCCCCCGGGAGCCCGGCUUGCAGACGACGGCAGUGGUGUCCGUGGGCUCUGCCAACCAGCAGUUCAGCCUCGCCGAGAUCCUGUCGCAGAACUACAGUCUCCGGGAGGAGUGCGCAGCGGGCUCGAGAGGCCCGGACAAACCCUCGGAGGAGCUUGCCAAGGACUUCAUCUCCCAGAGCAGUGACAUGCCCCUGGAUGAGCUGCUCGCGCUGUAUGGCUAUGAGACGUCAGGCCCCACCUCGGAGCGCGGAAGCGAAGGUGGUGACACGGCCCCUGCCCUCCCAGACAUGACCCUGGACAAGGAACAAAUAGCGAAGGAUUUGCUCUCUGGGGAGGAAGAGGAAGAGACACAAUCCUCCGCCGAUGACCUCACCCCAUCCGUCACCUCCCAUGAGGCUUCUGACCUUUUCCCUGGCCAGAAUAGAUCCUGUUUCCUGGUUGGCGAGGACAAAGACCCGGGCUCCCUGGCCUCCUCUGACACCGAGGAAGACUCUCUUCCUGCCAACAAGUGUAAGAAGGAGAUCAUGGUGGGGCCUCAGUUCCAAGCCGACCUGAGCAGCCUGCACCUGAGCUGGCACGGUGAGAAGAUCUAUGAGAACGAGGACCAGCUGCUGUGGGACCCCGGUGCCCUCCCUGAGCGGGAGGUGGAGGAGUUCCUGUACAGGGCUGCCAAGCGCCGGUGGCAAGAGGUGGCCGGCUCCCAGCUCCCAGAGGGGGAGGCUGUGAAGGACAGCGAGCAGGCGCUGUACGAGCUGGUGAAGUGUAACUUCAACGUGGAGGAGGCCCUGCGGAGGCUGAGGUUCAAUGUGAAGGUGAUCCGAGAUGGGCUCUGUGCCUGGAGCGAGGAGGAGUGCAGGAACUUCGAGCAUGGCUUCCGGGUACACGGAAAGAACUUCCACCUGAUCCAGGCCAACAAGGUGCGCACACGGUCAGUGGGCGAGUGUGUGGAAUAUUACUACCUGUGGAAGAAGUCGGAGCGCUAUGACUACUUUGCCCAGCAGACACGGCUGGGCCGGAGGAAGUACGUCCCGUCUGGAACCACGGAUGUGGACCAAGACCUGGAUGGCAGUGACCCCGAUGGCCCCGCCCGCUCCCGUGCCGAGCAGGGGCCCCUGGUGGGUGCGUGCACAGAGCCGCUGAGUGUGGACUGUGUGUCUGGUGGUCACGGUGAGCCUGGAGUGGACUCCGAUGGCCUCCCAUCCUCGGAGCCGGGGCCCUGUCCUUUCCAGAAGCUGGAUGAGCCCCCUGCUGUGCCUCUGCCCCAGAGGCCACCAGUACACGACCUGGCCGUGUACCCCUCGGACACAGCCACUCCAGAGCCAGGUGCCAGCCCGAGACUGGCUGUGGACUUCGCCCUGCCGGAGGAGCUACCCCUCCUCUCUAGCCAUGUGGGUCUCAAUGAGGACCCCGAGGAGCCUGUGGCCCCUGCACAGGUGGCCUUGUCGGUUGCUGAGUUUGGACUCAUUGGCAUUGGAGACGUGAACCCUUUCCUGGCUGGCCACCCAGCAUGCCCAGCUCCCGGGCUACACUCGGAGCCCCUGUCACACUGCAACGUGAUGACCUGUUGACCCCUGGCUGCAGGCGGGCGUGGGCAGCCUGGACUGGACUUGUCACCGAGCCGGGCCUACCCGUCAGUCUUCCUGACCCCCGCCAUGUGGGCCUUGGUGAUGCCUUCUCUGCUUCGGGAGACAUCAGGACUAGGUGAGGUGGCCGGGCUGGCAGCCCUCGCCCCUCCUCACAGACUGGGCCCAGGGGGCCUCAGUGCCUGGCACUUCCACUCUGCUCCAGGCUGCCGUUGCAUCAAGGGACCCACUGGGCAGUGGAUGCAGAGAGGGCCUGUCCUUCAGGACACAGGGCAGAGCUGGCCAUUUGGCCCGUUCCAGCCAGCGGAGGUGGGGGCAGACAUCACUGCCCCACAGGGCACACGGACAAGACACGCACCAGCAGCCUCUGCCCAGGCGCCUUGGCCCCUGUCGGCUCUGUCCCUCCACGCCUGUAGGGCCUUGGAGCUGCCCAGCCCUGGGCUCAGUGGGCAGCUGCAGCUCAGUGCCGGGUCUGGGCACAGAGCCAUAUACCUCGCUGUCCGGCCCCCACCAGUCCCCAGCCUCCCUCCCAGUCUCCACUUCAGGAAAAGCCGCACUUUAUGCCCCCACCUGCCUCCCGCCUCUCCAUCUCCAUUCCCCAUUCCUGAGCCUUGAGGUUGGGGUGGGGCCCUCAGCAAGCCCUGGGGGGUUUGAGGAGACAGGUGACUCACACCCCUUUGCCGCCCCUUCCCCUUGGCGUCUAGGCAGGGAGCAGCAGAGGGGCUGGAUGCCAGCACGACCCCUGGCCUGCAGUCUUUGUUCUGUUGGAGGCGGCCCGGCAAGGCGGUGGGGUCCUUGUCCUCUCAGCCACCUCCUGCUUGUUUGUGUUGGUGUUUACAAGGCGGAGUGGGGUCCUCGGCAGGCAGCUGGCCGCCUGGAGUGGGCAGCACGGUGCUGGCUGAAGCCAUCCGCACUGGACUCGACUGUCCCGCGCCCCAAAGACCACACUGUGAAGUGAAACUGCCUUCGCCUCUGCGCUGUUUUAUUUAUUAAAUACGAUUUGAAUCCCAGGCGCCUCUUGUGGGUGAGGUGGGGCAGGGUGCACAGGGCGACCUCACAGCAGGACACAGCAUGAGGGACAGCACUGGGUGUGGAGCUGAUGCCUGUGGAGGCCGGGCCGCUGUGUCCACAGCAUCGGCACUUCAGGCAGAGGCCCUGGUCCUGGAGGCUGGGCAGACGGGCAGGCUGGCAGACCGGAGCGGGUCUCCCUGGGGGCGGGUCACCAGGUCUGGUGGAGCCAGACUCGGUCCCAGCAGGUCCUUGGUGCCCCUGAUCCUGUGCUGUGUGGCUCUGCUUUUCACACGCUGACCAAAUGCCUGGGAAAAGCCUCUGGAGGAAAGGCUCACCUUGGCUCACGGUUCCCAUCCCUGGUCACCCAGUUCCGUUGCUCUGGGCUGGGCUGAGGUAGAGCAAAGCCACUCACAUGUGACAACCAGGAGGCCUCGAGGGACGCAGAGCUGGGAGGAGGGGCCGGGCAGCACAUGGCUUUCUGAGGCGCCCUGUGUUCCCAGCCACCCCAGCGACCCACCUCCUCAUGGCUGCUCAGUUGUGAACUCAGCGGCUGCCUCUGGACACCGCUGCACGGGACUGAGCCCUGAACCCCUGGUCUCUGAGGACACUGGGUGUCUUAAGCCUUCGCCAGCUCCAGAGAAGUUCUGCAGCUCGCCUGGGUCUCACCUGGCUGCUCUCCUGACUGUUGUCUGCACCUCGGCUUCGGACAGUUGCGCAGGGUGCACCUGGUGAGGCCGCUGCUUCUGAACGCGUCGAGGCCGCGUGCAUUCCACUCUUGGCUCCUCCAUGGCUCCUGAGGUCCAUGGCUCACUUCUCUGCGGCUCAUAUAUUCCGGGGCGUGGAUGGGUCUGGUUUAUCUUGCCCCGGCUGGAGGACGUCUUGCUUGUGUCCAUGUUUUUGCCAGUUAGCUGUAAACGAGCACGGGAAGGCUUCUUGUUGGACUUGAGUCUUCAACUCAUUUGGGUGAACACCCAGGCACCUGCUGGCCGACAGACGUGAAUGUGUUCAUCGAGAGGCAGCCACAAGCUCUGAGGGCUGGUGGGAGCACUAAGUGCAAGCCCGGCCUGGGCAGCUCAGCAAGUGCUGGUCGCAAAAUUUUUAAAAAGCUGAGGGUGUAGCUCAGUGCAGAAGACCUGGGUUAAUCCCCAGUAUUAACCAAAAAAAAAAAAAAA